AUGGGUCGUUCAUUACACAAUUUGAAAUAUGACACCAAGGGUGUUAGACCUACUUUAACUGAAGCAUUAAAAAGUGCUGAAGUACUUCUUAAUUUCAUAACUUACCUGCCAGAAAAAUUUGAAACUUCAACAAAGCAAAUUUCUACUAUUCGUUCUGUUAGAAGUAGCAUUUUAUUUUAUAAAAGUUCAUUAGCAUGUCAAU